CCCAUCUACCAUGCAGAAAAGAACGGAUGAAUCACACGGCUAUUUGCCAAACAUAGCGGCUGCAUUACCUGGCUAAAUUACAUCCCAGGAGGCACUUUAAUCGGUCUUGGUCUACCAUUCAAAACUGAACUAUAGUAGCUGAGGCGCCGCAUACUAGUAGGCAUCACAAUUCUUCUCAGACUUCCGACUCCCACUACGUCACAAAUUCCCGGUUCUUCGGAGAUUAAAAAAUAAUGGCGGCGCUUUUGCGACCGGACGAGGGGUUUUCAUCCACAUCCACAUCCACUUUACCACUCUAUAUUAAACUAUCCGGGGCCCUUUUCUCCAUAUGUUUGAGUUCCGCCGUUUUCUGGUUUGUCCGUCAACCGUCAAGUCCCAAUCAAUUUCGUACCACCAUGCUACCGGACAGUGUCUACCGGCUCUGUCGUGAAGAGGAGACUGUCACCUCCGAGCUGCUGCGCGAUCCAUCCCAGUCCCCCCCAAAGGUCUUUCGCCGCCUUUAUCACGACCACAAAUCCAAACAGCAUUCUGACUCGAAGGAGUCGGUGACAGAUGCAGAUGAAUUGCAGAGGGUGGCUGAGUGCGGGAACUGGGGAAAUUCCCGGCCCAGCGAGUUGUUCCUCAAGAUCUACCAUGAUGCUCUCUGUGCGCUCGACAAGAACCCGAUGGCGGGCGUCGUCUCCCCGCCGUUGAUGGGAAGCCAUGGAGUGGUCCCCUUGACCAUCAUCGCUCCCUUGCCGGAUCUGUGUCGACACAUGGCGAAUUGCAUCGUCCGCGCCGAGAAGGAGGUCUUCCUGGCAACCAACUUCUGGAUCCACUCCGACGCAUCCACACUGAUCACCAAUGCGUUUCGCGAGCUCUCCAAGAGGGCCGGGGAGCGCGGGGAGAAGGUGAUAGUGAAGAUGGUGUACGAUCGCGGUGACCCGCAGCAGCUGUUCGAGAAUCAUCUGCCGGUGCCGGAGAAGAAGUACAGCGGAGGGAAAGUGAAACUUCCCUCGUCUGAGGAGAUCCCCAAUAUCGACCUGCAGGUCAUCAAUUACCACCGACCAGUCUUUGGCACCUUCCAUGCCAAAUUUAUGGUCGUGGAUCGUCGCCUGGCGCUGCUACAGAGCAGUAACGUGCAGGACAACGACAACCUGGAAAUGAUGAUCCACGUCGAGGGGCCCAUCGUCGACGGUCUGUACGAUACGGCAUUGAUCUCGUGGGGCCGCCCCCUCGAGCCUACUCUCCCCAUGCUCGCCUCGCCGGCCACGGGUGCUGCGAUCCCCUGCCAGUCGACCGUGGAGCUGGACCAUGCAGCACCGGCGCCCGGCCCCCUUCCUGAGCUCACCACACAAGAGUCCCAUUAUGAUACGAAUCUGAAGCAUGAGGCGGAGCGUAUGAACGGGCUACUCGAGCCCCGAGAGGGAGAAAACAAAACCGCAGCUGUAACCCGUCGUCUCAACACCACCAUCCAGCCCAGCACAACAGGCGACGCUUCAGAACGGGACCAAGAACUCCAGAUGCAGCCUUAUAUCGUUCUUCCGCCCCAUGAUCCUUUCCCGAUGGCCGUAGUUAACCGUGAACCUUGGGGAGCACCGAACCACACGAGCGUUCAUACUCCCCAGAACAGCAGCUUCCUUGCCGCCAUCAGCAACGCUCAGGAAUCAAUCUUCAUCCAAACCCCAAAUAUGAACGCCGAGCCCAUCGUGCAGGCCCUGCUGGAGGCCAUCAAAACCCGCGGCGUAACAGUCACGGCAUACUUAUGCCUGGGCUACAACGACGCCGGCGAGCUCCUCCCUUUCCAGAAUGGUACGAACGAGAUGAUCGCGCAUCGGAUGUACAAAGCGCUGGAGACGGAUGAACUCCGCUCCCGCCUCCGAAUCUACAACUACGUCGCGAAGGACCAGACGAAACCCAUCCACAACAAAUUCAAGCGCCGCAGCUGCCACAUCAAGCUCAUGAUCAUCGACGAGAAGGUGGCUAUUCAAGGUAACGGCAACCUCGACACCCAAUCCUUCUACCACAGCCAAGAAGUCAACCUCCUCCUCGAAUCUCCGAUCGUCUGCCGGGCAUGGCGGGAGGCUAUCGACCGCAACCAGAACACGGCUCUCUACGGUGCUGUCAGCCCCGCAGACGGCUGCUGGCAUGAUCCCACCACCAACCAGAUCCCGGAGGGGUCCAUCGGCACCGAUCCUGGUCGGUUCAGUUGGGCGAAGGGUGUGGUUGGCGCCGUGCAGCGAGUGCGCGGUGCCGGAGGGUUUUAGAUCCCGUUUGAGUGGUGGUAGCUUACGUUACGAUCCUUUUUUCUUGUUAUAUAUAUUGAACUUCUAAUCUUGGGAGUUCAGCUGUGUUGUAUAUAUCUGAUUUUUGAGAUGUUGGUAGUAUAAUUGACGUGGACAGUAG